AUGCGGUUACUACAAGCCCUACUUGCAGCAACUAUCAUCACACAAGUAAAAGCACAAGCCGGAACCGCCGACACGUGGAUGGCGUUCCCGCAAAAUGCUUCUUGUUCUCCGAAUGCCGUGAUCUUCGAGUUCACGGAUUGGCAGAUCGAAUUUUUGCCGCCACCGGACAAUGACAGAAGACCCGAGGAGACCCAAGAACAGUAUGAUAAAAGGGUAGCGAGUCUGAUGGUGAAGGUCGCGUCGUUAGCCGGCACCUCACCUGCCAAGGAUCAGGUCGUAUACCACUUUGAUGCAUUCACCGGCACCAAGGGAUUUCGCGAACUAUCGAAAAUCUGCCUGACGCGGAGUGCAGCGAUCGAUUUUGCAGAGAGUUCCGCCAACGAUACAUUCGAUGUCCUAAUGGCAACCAAGACCAACAGCGACCCUCGGACAUUCGACGUGUUGCCCUCGAUCGUGUUCAAGAAUCAAGUUCCUUUUCAAAAUGUGAUCCCGUACCAUUCGGCGAAUCAGUUAUAUGACGUCCAGAUGACUAUCACACAGAAAUGUCCGCCGCAGCGGUUUGGGUAUUUGUGCCAGAGCGUCUGUGAUUGCGAAGCCGCCGACUGUGACAUCCGGGACGGCUGCAAGUCAUCACUUUUGUUCUGGAUCCUGUUUGCCGUCAUCAUCGCCAUCAUCAACAUUUGUCUAAUCCUUUGCGGAGCCUACAUUUGGUUGAGGCUACGCAAAAAUCGCAAGAACGGCAAGGGCAAGAUUGGGCAGUACCGGCCAAACGAAGUGGUUGAUGUUGGCAGGACACCACCGCGACAAUCCGCCGACCACGACGGGCCAGUCUUUUUUACGACGGACGACCAGGACCACGUGAGCGGCAUCUACCACGCGCGGCCGGCCAUCGCCGGCUCGGUCAGCUCGGGCGAUCGAUUC